CAGAGCAGGCCCGGCAGCCUUCGAGGAGGACGGCACUCCGCUCCGCGCCCGCAUCGGAACCGCGAGAAGGCGGCCGUCCGACUUCCAGCUGCUCUGACGUCUGCCGCCGGACCUGGCCCGGAGCUCCGCUGGCAUUAACGGGGGGUUCGGGGGGCUGUGGACUGAGGAGUCCAUGUCCGCGUGCAGCGUGGAAACCGGGCUCCCCACAUCUGAGGCCAGAGGGAUCGUCUGGUUCCGAGUCCCACCUGCAGACGCCGUGGCCACCCUGGGAGUGACCCCUCACCUCUGCCCCUUCGGGGGGCGUCCGCGGCGAGAGCCACGUGGACGACCCCAGCGCGGCCCGCAGCGGCAGCACGGCGUGCUCGGGAGGCUCCUGCGGACCAGCCGGGAGCCAACGCCACGAGACCCAUUUCGACAGCCAGCUCGAUGGGGUGCUCCCACCCCAAGCGCCAGGACAGUGCGGGGCCUGGGCCCUCCCGUGCACGAACCUCGCGAGGGGAUGCCCCUCCUGGGAGGGGACGCCAGAGAAGCGGGCGGUGAGCGCUGGCGCCGCCCCCGGGCCCCCCGAACCCCUCCGAGCCGAUCUGCCGUGGUGGCGGGCGCGGACGACGGGCUGGCGGAGGCCUGGCUGCGGGUCUGAGCGGGUCCCUGCGCUGCUUCCCUCCUUCGGGACGUGCCACCCGACACGCCACCUCUGGCGACAGGACCCACGGGCGUGCCUCUGGGCCCGGCGCCGCAGCCACAGGCACGGCCGGCUCGCCUGACCGGUCUGCUCCAACCCUUUCUCAUGGCUUUUGAGAUGUCUGGUUUUUCCGUCCAUUUCCAGUGAGGAUCCUCCUCGGCAGCCAGAGGUGGAGGGGGUGGAGGGGGGCGAGGGGGGACAAGGUCCGCCGGUGACCUGUGCCCCGUGAGGGCCGAGGAAGGACCGAGCGGCCAGCGCGGCGCGGGGAGCGGAGGCCGGGGCUGGAGGGGCUGCCCCUCGGGCACGGACCUGCGUCCGGGCCUGACCAGAGUGCCUGGCUCGGGCGGCAGGUGUCCGAGGCCCGUCAGCCAGGGGCCCGGGCAUGGCUGCCCGGUGCCCUCAGAGCUGGCCGAGCGCACCGAGUCGGUGGCCUGUGGCCUGUGUCCGUGCAGGGUGGGCCGGCGCCAGCCCAGGCUGGGAAAGCGAGAAGUCUGCUGGCCGAUCGCCGUGCCCCUGCAGCCUCGGACGGAGACCCUUCGCUGUGGUCACCAGGGGCCAGGGCACCGGCUUCGGGCACUCGGGCCCCUGCUGCUGCUGCUGCUGCUGCUGCUGCUGCUGCUGAGAGCCCCGCGCGGGGAGGCGUCACGGGAGUAGCCAGGCCGAGGGGCGCGUCCCUGAGGCGGAAAGCGAGGAGUGGGGAGUGACCGUGUCCCCACGGAGCUCUCCCGGGACGCUGCGUGAAGGCAGUCUGCAAGGCCUGGGGGGCUCGGCCAGGCCCCCUCACCCCCUCCGACCGCAGGCGCAGGCAUCACGGCCCAUGCAAGCCUUGUCCCUGCCGGGCUGCUCGGCUCACACUUGCGGGUGGCUGGCUCUGGGUGUUUCCUUUUCCUGUUUCAGAGCCAAGCCCGGGGAAAGUGAGUUCCUGAGACGCCAGAGGAGGGUCUGCUGGUCAUUCUGUGCCCCCGGCCCCAGCCCCAGAGGGUGUGAGGCCCUGGUGUCGCUCAGCCACGCUGCUGCUUCCUCUGCGCAGGUCUCCAGCUCCAGGGGGCGCGCUGCCCUCGCCGUGCCUCAGGCCCAGGGGGAAGGCACUGGCUCUGGGCUAGGGGGCUCAUGUGACAGACAGUGCAGCCUCACAGGACGACGCUCGGUGGGAGGGUGGGCGGAGGAGGGCCCGGAGCCGCCGUGCAGGCGGCCUCAGCUCUGCUCUGCCCUGGAGGCCGUCACCGUCUCUGGGCUCACACCCUCAUGGGCCUAGAGCACAGCCUCCCCAGACGGGCUUCGGGGCGCGGCGCACACUGCCCCUGCCCCACGCUGGACAGCACACUACUCGUUCUCAAUAAGUCACCAAGCGACCAGGCUCUGCUGGAGAGCCGGGGCGCCGCAGCCCGGCCCUGUGGACCGGACACACCUGGCCCUCCAUGGCUCCGCCAGGGCCACGCAUGUCCUCACGGCCCACGCGCUACCUCUGCCCGGGUGCACCCCCUGAGGACAGUCCCGCACACGUGCUGCUGGGCGAGUGGGCGGGCAGCCUGCAGACCGGCCCGCGGGCGGGAGGGAGGACGCAGCCCACGGCCCUCGCUGCCUCUGCCGUCUCUCUCGGUGGGUUCCUGUGUUUUGCAAAUUCCCGUCGUGACGGUGUCGUCCUCCAGGCCUGGCUCCCACGUCAGGGCCUCGGUGUCAGCCGGCCCUGCCUUCGCCGCCCGCCUCUCCUCGCACCAAAGCUGCUACCCUGGCCCAGGGAGGUCUGGGCGGCCCUGCGGGCAGCGGUCCCCUCGGCCCUGGUCCAGGCCGCCGGCUGUGCAGGCGCGGGUGCGAGCCGGCACCACCGUGUCUCCACCCCCUGCCCCCUCUGGCCCGUCACCCACUCGUUACUGCUUCAGAGAACAUGGGGCACCCGAGCGCCUCGGGACUGAAGUGAGAAACAGGCCCUUUGACUAAGUGAAAAGGAGAAAGGCCGCCUGCUGGGCUGUUCACCGCGGGCUUCCGGCCUGUCGGGCGUCCCUGGGAGGGUUGUCCUUUCCGGCCUGGCCCGGCCCCUCCCCCGCGGGGCCACACGCAGCUCGUCAGCCAGCUGAGCGGUUCCGGGGCAGUGAGGGGGUCCUGGGGUCGGAGGUUAUCGGCGGGAGAGGUCAGCAGGCCCAGCGCCCUGGGGGACGCCUCCCUGUAAGGCCGCGGCAGCUGUGGGGAGCUAGCCUGGCUGGGGGUGCCCGCCUCUGCCCACAGGGCCUGCCCGGAGCUGAGUGGACGCAUGGAGGCCUGGCUCACGCUCUGCCGGCCAGGCCUGCAGGUCUGCACUCCCAGUGGCAGCUUUGGCUGAUCGUGUCAGAAGACAGUGAGGGGCCGUGGCUCUGUGCCAGGCACCUCGCUCCCCAGGGCACCCCUCCCAGGACCCUCUCCCUGCGCCUCUGCUCCCUGUGGCAGCGGAGAAACGGGGAGCUGCAAGCUCGGUUCUUCACCAGGUUCGCGGGCGAUGCCGGCACAGCCCCGGCCGCUCGGCCCUGCACCAGCGCCUGCAGGGCAGCGGGAAGCCGGUCACCGGCUGGCCGGCCGCAGAGAGGAGGGUGCUCGGCCUCUGCAGCUCGCUGGUUCGAUCCAGACGCUCACUGGCAUUUACUCUCCGUCAGAAACAAAGGGAGGUCGGAGGUGGCGCCGGGAGCCGUGGUCCACGCUGUAACCUGAACCUGGCUGAGCUGGGUCCCCAGGAGCGUGCCCGGCUGGAGCGGUCCCUCGCGGCCUGAAGGCUGUGAGACAGCCCGCGGCCUCGUAAGCCCCGCCUCUGAGGCCGGGUCACCUGGCCCAGGUCUUUUUUAACCUGUAAAAUGAGUUUUAAAUCCGACAAGUUCAGCUUGGCUCUCCCUUCUCCUGGUCCCGGUUACUGGGCUCGCGUUCUAACAGGACGGUGGGGUGGGGGGCGGCGAUGGGGACAGGGUCCCAAAGCCUCACUCAGAUCUGCCGAGUGCUGACCCCGCAGCUGGGCCCAGGAGGGAGCGUUGAGCCUAUACUGAGGUGUUUUAAUCUGACGGAUGAUUCUGUAACGGCGGGGCGGGGCGGGGCGGGGCGGGCGCCCGGCGGCGGCGGGAUGGCGGCGGCGGGGACGGAGCGCCUGCUCCGCCAGGCCAGGGAGGUGCGGGACGAGGAGCUGGGGCAGUUCUGCGCCCGGGCCAGCGCGCUGCUGCGUACCGAGGAGCCGGGACCCGAGGCCGUGGACGCCCUGCGCAGGCUCUUCCUCAUCGUGGCGGCCACCAAGUACGGCAGGAAGCUGGAGGACGAGUGCGUGGACCUGCUGCAGACCGCCCUGGGCCCGCCCCCGCGCCCGGAGCCGCUGCAGCUGCUCUGCGCCGCCAUCCUGCGGGAGACCGCGCCCCGCCCGGGCCUCAGCCUGUCCUGCGACUGCGUCCAGAGCCCGCGGCAGCUGAGCCUGGUGGCCUCGGUGCUCCUGGCCCAGGGCGACAGGAGGCAGGUCCGAAGCGUGGGCCAGCGUGUCUUCCAAGUCCUGGAGAGCCGGCAGCCCGAGGGGCCGAGUGCGAGGCCUCUCCUCCCCGUCGUGUCCAAGGUCGCCAGCCUGGCCCCGGGCAGCUUCCGUGAAGACCAGGCCAACCUGCUCAGCAAGAGGCUGGCGGACUGGCUGCGCUACGCCAGUGUCCCGCAGGGCCCCGCCCCCUCCGGGGGCUUCUUCACGCCCCGGGCCCGGCAGCCGGGUCCUGUCACCGAGGUCGACGGGGCGGUGGCCACGGACUUCUUCACGGUGCUGUCCACGGCGCAGCGCGCCACGGAGGACCAGUGGCUGAACGUGCAGGCCUUCUCCAUGCUGCGGGCCUGGCUGCAGCUCGGAGGCCCGGGCGCCCCGGACACAGAUGACCGGUCGGAGCAGGAGGGCUCCUCCCUGUCCGUGCUGUCGGCCGCCGCCUCCACCGGCCGCCUGCUGCCGCCGGAGCGCCUGCGGGAGAAGGCCUUCCAGUACUGCCAGCGCCUCGUCGAGCAGAGCACCCGGCGAGCCCUGCGGAGGGCGGACGCGGACCUGCAGAAAGCGUGCCUGGUGGAGGCCGUGCUGGUGCUGGACGUGCUAUGCAGGCAGGACCCCUCCUUCCUGUACCGCACGCUCUCCUGCCUGAAGGCGCUGCAGGCGCGGCUGAACGGGGACCCGGCCUGCGUGCGGGUGCUGCUGCCCCUCGCCCAGUUCUUCCUCGGCCACGGGGAGGCGGCCGCCGUGGACGCCGAGGCCGUGUGCCGGCAGGUGUUCGGCAGGGUCCCGGCCGAGCACUUCCACAGCCCGAUGCUGGCCUUCGAGUUUGUGCAGUUCUGCAGGGACAGCCUGCCCCUGCUGGGCCGCCACCUCGGCCUCCUCCGCCGCAGCUUCCCCGGCCUCCUCCAGCUGCUGGCCUGGAACAGCCCGGCCCUCACGGCCGAGUUCGUGGCGCUCCUGCCCGCGCUGGUGGACGCCAGCACGGCCGUGGAGCUGCUGCACGCGCUGCUGGACCUGCCGUGUCUGACCGCGGCCCUGGACCUGCAGCUCCGGUUGUCACCUGCUGCGUCCGAGAGGCCACUCUGGGACGCCUCCCUCCGGACCGCCAGCUGCCCCGACGCCUCCCAGGACCCGCAGCUCCAGGGCCGCCUCCAGCACCUGCUGCGCACCGAGGCCAGCGGGGCCCCCGAGAGGCUGGCGCCACUCUACCCGCUGCUGCAGCCCAUGGCCGGCUGCGCCCGGGUGCUGCAGUGCGCGGAGGCGGUGCCCACCCUGCUGCGGGCCUUCUUCUCGGCGGUGACCCAGUUCGCUGACGGGGCCCUGACCAACCAGCUGGCACGGCUGCUCCUGGAGAGAAGCGACUCGCUUUACCCGGUGCCAGGCUACGAGGCCCGCGUGCACCAGUGUGGGCUGUCGGCGAGUACCUGGCGGUGAGCUGGGACCGGCGCUGCACCGCGGACCAGAUCAACAAGUUCUUCGAGGUCCUGGAGGCCCUGCUGUUCGAGGUCACCCAGUCCCGCCCCUCAGCCACCCUCCCCCAGUGUCCCCCGCAGCUGGUCACGGCACUGAUGACCACGCUGACCAA